AUGAGUCUGGAUAUCCUCGCAAGACACGCGACAGCGGAAAAGAUAUCGGAGAUACAGAUGUCGAGGACAAAUACAAGAAAGACAGGAAGAAAUACGACGAUCUGGCUGACAAUAAUGAUUCUGGAUAUCCACGCAAUAGACGUGAACGACUAUGAGUCUGGAUAUCCUCGCAAGACACGCGACAGCGGAAAAGAUAUCGGAGAUACAGAUAUCGAUGACAAAUACAAGAAAGACAGGAAGAAAUACGGCGAUCUGGAUGACAAUAAUGAUUCUGUAUAUACACGCAAGUCACGUGACAGCGAAAAAGACAUCGGAGAUACAGAUAUCGAUGACAAAUACAAGAAAGACAGGAAGGAAUACGGCGAUCUGGAUGACGACAUUGAGUCUGGUUAUCCACGCCAAUCACGUGACAGCAGAAAAGACAUCGGAUAUACAGAUAUCGAUGACAAAUACAAGAAAGACAGAAAGAAAUACAGUGAUUUGGAUGACGACAAAGAUUAUGGAUAUCAACAAAAAUCGCAGAGUGGAGGAAAGGAUAAUGGAGAUUCAGAUAUUGACCCCAGGAAUAACAAGGACAGAGAAAAUUUGAGUCAUCAGGAAAAAGGAAAGGAAGUUGCUUAUAAUCACAAAUCAAAAAAUGACGAACAGAUCAUGGGGAAUAAAGAUAUCAGCGACAAAUAUGGAAAAGACGGAAAGAUGCAUGAUGUUGAUUCAAACGACAACGCAUCCUCAUACAGUAGAAGAUUUGGAAAACCGGAAUAUGGCGAGGACGACGGUGACCAUUACGGUAAAGGUACGGAAGACGUGGUAAACACAGAUGACUCAGACAUCUGGGGAAAGGAAAUUGACGAUAGAAAUAGAAGAAACAGGCGUGGAGACAAGGUACCACCGGACGUGACACUUGGAGAUGAUGAAGGUAAAAUAUCGACAGACCAACAAGGCGACAAGAACACUGCAAAUAGUGAACGUAGAACGCCCUCUCCUCGCAGACCAGAAUCAUUGCCGAUUGAGAAAAUAAUGCCUGACGUAACAGAUGACAUGCGCAAUGAUACAAAACCAGGUAAACCAUUAAAUGAAAAUGAUCGACAAACUUCAAAGAAAGCAAAAAGUCAUUCAAAAAAGGAUGAUAUUGAACAAGAACUUAUUCAGAAAGCAAAAGAGGUAACUGCAGAGAUAAAGACACUGAACGAUGCUUGGAUGUCGGACCGAGAAGAUAAUAGCUCUAGUGGAGAUACCUCACCAUUAGGACAUCUCGCAGACACAAAACCGGAACUGCCGAAUACAUUCUUCAUGGGCGUGGUCCAGUCUGAUUUUCAUACUGCCGAAAGGGAUGAGUCAAGGUCGGAUGAAAUUCGCGGGAAAAAUGGUCAUGUUGGUGAAGUUGGAUCCGACAAUGACGUUUUGAAUACACUAAUGGACAAAGCUAGCGAUCGACUUGCUCAAGCUCGUUCAAGCAAUCAACCGGAAACGUUUACAGAAGAGCUAGUUGGUCAUUUGAAACCUGACGAGGUCCGCCGGAUGAAUGGCGACCAACUUCAAAAAGACGCUGGUGCACUGUCUACGCAUGCUCGUAAUCCUUUGGAAUCUGUAAAAGAGAAAGACAGAAUUGAUUCUUUGGUUGGCUACACUUAUGAUGAAUAUUGCGAUGAUUCUAUCAGUGAUUUAGACCAAAGUAAAACUGCAAUAGAUGGAAUCGUCGGAAAGGACAAUAAUCGAGUUGGUAAGAGCAAAUACGGAACUCCAUCAUUUGUCAAUGAAAUAGCGACAAACAAAGACCAAGAAGAAAGUUCAGUUAAGAUUCCGGGACUCAAAUGCGACCAAGCUUCCACCGAGGAAAUUCCUCACAAAAAGCGAGGGCUUUCUGUACAUUUCAAAGAUGAAAUAUGCGAUGCUCCAGAUUCUAUACAGUUAACAGAUGCGACACCAAAUGGCGGGAAAGAACUGACACGUGAUUGUCAUCGAAAAACUUCUUCUGAAGAAGGCGAGGUCUGGUGUGAAAAAGCGGAUGCCUCAAUAUACAGAAGUCUUUCUGAAACGUCUAAACGUCCUGAUGACACCGACGUGUUCUCCUUUUCGACUUCUGCUGAUAUCAAAGAAGGAAAAGAUGUCCAACCACCAAAGAUCCUGAAGGCAUCAUCCGAUGUUACCAUCUAUGAAGGACAAAACUUGGAGAUCAGUUGGGAAGUUCAAGGCACACCUGAGCCACGUAUGAAGAUAUACAAAGAUGGCGAACCAAUCGAAUUGUUUGAUGGAAUGGGGAUAGUACAAGAUGGACACGAGUGGACAUUGUCCAUCCCUGACGUCAUCAGGGACGACGCGGGGUGUUACGAACUACACAUCAUUAACAGACACGGCACGGAUAAAUCAGAGGUCAAAGUUCAAGUUCACCGUCAGACGCCAAGGACUCUACAGAAGGAGCUAGCAGCACCUGCUUUUACAGCACAACCUGAGGAUACGACACUGAAGGAAGGAGAUGACCUCGUACUCAAAUGUGCAGUCCAGGGUUUUCCCCCGCCCCAGGUCCUGUGGCUGAGGGACGGAGAAGAGCUUAGUGAUGGGGAGGAGGUAGAAAUUCUGGAGGAGAAUGAGAGUCAGUGUCUCAUUGUGUGGGAGGCUAGGCCAGAACACGCCGGUCAAUACAUCUGUCGGGCGGUCAACUCACAGGGCACCACAGAGGUCAAGUUCAAUGUUGACAUACAAGAUUGGUCUUCAGAAGAGGAGGAUCUCCAUGGAAAUGACACAAAAUCAUCUAAAAGUGGAGAAGAUGAGAAAAUGCCAGCAAAAAAAUCUGAAGAAAACGGACAACCCAAACUGGAUGAGAAGAAGAUCAAAGAUGAGAAUACAAAAUCCCAAGAAGAAAUCCAAAAGGAAGAACAAGGGAAGAAAGAAGCACCAAAAGUGGCAGAGAAACCAAAGGACAGAACAAAGAAACCAGUUGUUGAAGAAGAAAUGAUCGCAAGCAAAACAGAAAAUGUGAAUGAAUGUCUUCCUGAAGAUGAAGAUGAGAAGUAUUUUCCCUCAAAGAAAGAAGCUGUUCCACCAAAACCUGCCGCCAAACCUAAAGAUAAGCUAAGGAAGCCAGUUGUUGAGGAAAUCGUUGAAGACCGGAUAGAAAAAGUGACAGAGAAUAUUCCAAGUAACAGUGGAGAAACGGUUUCAGUCGCAGCAGUCGAAAAGGAGGAAAUGCCAGAAGUUGCUGCAACGCCUAAAGAGGUAACAAAAACUCCGGUCAUUGAGGGUAGCAUUCAAGACAAGGAGGAAACAUUAAAACAGUGUGUUCCUAUUGAUGGUGUGGACCAAGCAUUGAUGACAACUGUUAGAGAAGAGGAUCAUCCCAAAGUUGGAGCAAAACCACAAGAAAAGUAUUUGGCAUCUGCAGUUGAAGGGGUUAUUGAAGAAAACGCAAGUGAAUGUAAACCUUUUGAUGAAGCAAAAAAUGUUUCAGCCACAACUGUUAAAAAUGAUAAGGUUCCAAAAGUUGCUGCAAAACCAAAGGUCAAAUCAAAGACCCCGAUUGUCGAAGAAAUAAUUCAGGACAAAUCUGAAAUGGUUAACGAGUGUGUGCCUUUGGAUGGUACAGAAAAAGCUUCAGUAACAACUGUUAAAACAGAUACGGUGCCAAAAGUUGCUGCAAAACCAAAGGUCAAAUCAAAGACCCCGAUUGUCGAAGAAAUAAUUCAGGACAAAUCUGAAAUGGUUAACGAGUGUGUGUCUUUGGAUGGUACAGAAAAAGCUUCAGUAAGAACUGUUAAAACAGAUACGGUGCCAAAAGAGGCCUCAAAACCUACAGAAACACAUAACCCCCCGAUUGUGGAAGAAAUUAUUCAGGACAAACCUGAGACGGUUAACGAGUGUGUGCCUGCGGAUGAUACAGAAAAAGCUUCAGUCACAACCGUUAAAACAGAUACGGUGCCAAAAGUGGCCUCAAAACCUACAGAAACACAUAACACCCCGAUUGUGGAAGAAAUUAUUCAGGACAAAUCUGAGACGGUUAACGAAUACGGUGCCAAAAGUGGCCGCAAAACCUACAGAAAAAUCAAGGAAAUUGGCAGCUGA